GGUCGCGUUGAAAGAGCGCAGAAACAUAUACCGAGUUGCGCUUGAAGUAGAACAUUCUUCAUAUCAGCUGACAACCAAAGCAAAACAGUCGGUGCGCGACCAUCUUGUCAAAAUAGGAGUCAACACACAACAAAUGUAUUUCAAAAUGUCCUAAAUCAUCCAGUGAAGCAUGCACGAGCAGGACGGCGACGGCGAGCCGGCGCACCACGCGCGCCGGCCGAUGAACGCAUUCCUCAUCUUCUGCAAGCGACAUCGGAGCGUCGUGCGCGACAAAUAUCCCAACUUGGAAAACAGAUCUAUAACCAAAAUACUCGGCGAAUGGUGGGCCAAUUUGGACAAGGAAGAGAAAGCUUGCUACACAGGUCUUGCUAAACAGUACAAAGACGCGUUCUUCAGCGCAAACCCAGACUUCAAAUGGUACAAGUUGCCAGCGCCGCCGCUGCGCACGCUGUCGUCGCGGCCGCGCGAGCCGUCCGACCGCCCCGACAACGCCGACAACGCCGACAACGCUGACAACGAGCCCGAGCGAACCAACAACAACUCCACCAAGCACGACUACAACAAGCGACUCGGCGACGACGACACCGACGAAGACACCAAACCCGCCAUGUUCACGCCGGGCAAAUUAGCCGACGAAGCUCAAAUGGGGAGCCUGAGCAGCCUCCUCUCUGAGAAUAAGACUGAAGUUCCACACACUCCCAACCCUUACUACUCACCUCCCAGCUACAAGUUCACGAUCUCAACCCCUAUCGAAUACAGAUCUCAUAUACAGAAGCCCAAAGAGCACAGCAUAAGCGAGCUCCAGAACGCUCUAACGGAAACGACCAGAGUUUUCGAGGAAGAGUUCGAAGUGAAGCGAGCGUAUCGUUACAACGAUUUCACGAACCAAGAUGUGAUAGACCAAAUAGUCGACAAGCGAUAUUCUAAAGAGGAAGAGAGGAAUUGGUCCGACGACGACAAGAGAUCCGGGAGGUCGUGCAAGGGGAAGAGAUACCAGGAGUUCAUGGCGGUCGGGGGGCUGAUAGUGAACAAGAGGCAGAGGCGGGACUGUCCCGAGCGGCUGUCCGACGAGGGGUAUGGCUGCGACGCUGGCUCCUCGCGCGAGGAGCCGUCGCCCGACCGCUCCAAGUCAGACUACGUCGACACGUCCGCCGAAAUCGAACCAAAAAUCGACGCGAUAUCGCCCGAACCCGACAAUAACGGAAACAAAACAUUCAAGGCCGCAGACUUUGAUUUGGACGCCAAAAUACGAGCCUUACCCUCGCUCAGCUUGGAGAAAUUCCAGCAACGGAAACGCGAUAACAAACGCAAGAAGAAGACCGUUUUGAAGCCGCAAACGUUAGAACCGUCGCAGAUAAUCAACUGCGUGCCGCGCUCGCUGGCUGACGAGCGACGGGAGAUGGCAGAGAGUUGGAGGGACAACGUCAUAGGGAGUCAGAAGAGGAAGCCGCGAAAGAUCAGCAUCACAAGGCUGGAGAUCAACAGCAUGGUCUCCAGUGACGUGAAUGGAGGCCACAAAACAAGCCCCGAGAUCAAGAUAGCAACAGAAGCCCCCUGCACUGUCCAGAGCAUGGACAUGUGCACUCCGACACCCCACAGUGUGGACAUGUUGGCUCUGGCCACUCUGGCGGAGGUGGCCUCCAACAAGUCCAGGAUGGAAGACUUCGAGUCAACGGCCAAAGCGAGCGACUACGCUUCCAAGGUAUGAGAUACCGACAUGUUUAGCCUUAAAGUUUAUUCCAAAUAUUAUUUACUUUAUAAAUAAUCAGAAAAUAUUUAUACAUAGAUAUAUACAGGGUGCUCGGGAGUAUUUCCCCUAACUUCAAAGUGUUGACAGAGUCCACUUGGAGCCGAACUACAUAACUUAAAUAUAUGAAUUAUAUUAUGUAAUUAUUUUUUUUAACUAAAAAAUAAAAACUUUUUAUGUUUUCAUACAAAGUAAUUCAAAUAAUAGGAAUGAUGACAGUUUUUUAAAUUGUAUAUAAAUUAAGAGUAUGCUAAUAGUAAAGCAAUUUUUUAAAAGUAACAGGGUAUCUGCGAUCAUUACUUUGGGAGCUACAGGGAUUUAAAGCCUCAGAUGUGCGGCAGCGCCCCAUACCAAAUGGCACGAACUAAUGACGUCGUAGGUAAUGUUCGUUAGAUUUGUAUGUGCGUUCAAACAAAA